AUGGAGAUCACCCAAGAGUUCCGGCAAUUGCACUCGGGAAAGCCGAUCCCAAAGAUUACAACGCAUUACGCUGACGUUGGGAAGAAAUCCGAGGUCGAUCAGUCAAUUCGCGAGGUACUCAGCGCGCAUGACGAAAUUACGAACCUGGUUACCUGUGCCGGAUAUUGUCAGAACGUAGAAGCCAUCAAGAUGACGUCUGAAGAAAUAAAGACAAUGCUCGGCGUCAAUCUGGAAGGCACAUUCUACUGUGCCACUGAAAUUGCUAGAUACUUGAUGGCGCGCAACAAGCCCGGGAACAUGAUCUUCAUCGGCAGCAUCAGCGGCAGCAUCAUCAAUGUGCCGCAACCGCAGGCCAUGUAUAACUCGAGUAAAGCAGCAGUUCGGCAUCUUGCGGCUAGUCUAGCCGUUGAAUGGGCGAGCAAGGGCAUUCGAGUGAACUGCUUGAGCCCCGGCUACAUGAUCACUGAGCAGGCCAUGAAGGCGCAGAUUCUUGUAGACAACCCAAGCCUAAAGGCCGAGUGGGAGUCCAAGAUCCCGCAGGGCCGCAUGGGCCCACCUGAAGAAUUGAUGGGUACGGUAGCAUUUUUGGCAUCAGAUGCCUCUAGCUAUAUUACUGGACAAGAGAUAAAGGUGGAUGGAGGUUUCACUGUGUGUUAA